AUGUCGGACCCACGAAGUUUUCGCAGCAGGGGCUGGCUGAUGUCAAUGCUCGGUACCCCAGACGGGACAAGGAAUCUUGACACUCUGAAGCUGAAGACGAGGACGAACAGUUGUGUGGCAUUGAUGCGAACACAGGCUGGGAUCUUUGCAACCAUGCAUCCUCACCGAAGGAGCGGCUACAAGCAAGCCAACAGCGAGUCAAACCUGAGGGAACUGGGAAGUAUGACUUCGUACAAACAGUUCUACGAAAAGGGAGUGGAGAUUCCUUACAUGCAAAAGUCCAACAUGUCUGUCAACUACAAGCAGAAACUGCACAAGUAUGAUCCCAACGCGCUCUGCAACCGUCUCCCAGUCAAGUUCGACAACGAGCCGGUCCCCUUCGUCCGGUAUUGUGCUCCAAGAAACAUCUCGCAAUACGAGUUGGGGCCAAAGCUCUAUGAGAGGAGAUUUUUGACGCACAGCCAAGCUUUCUAUCCCAAGUGGGAUUCUUUGCCGAUUGGAUUUCAGAACGCCGGAAUUAUGGGUGACAGACGGCGAUUUUGGUUGUUGCUUGGACUGAUAGGCUUUCACAGGUGA